AUCAAAUACAACGAGAUCGACACCAAGCAAUUUACUAUGUAGAUAUUAUGUCUACAUACUACCAAGUAGUGAUGAAUUAAGGCAUCAUUAAGACCCUGCAUCCCGAGAGCCGCGUUACGUUGCUAGAGCGUGUCAGUUUCAUAUCGACUCUACUUCUCAGCUCGCUAGAAGAAAAGAGAAAUAAAAAGGUCGAGUCGGUUCAGCGAAAGUCGAGAACCGACAGAGCCACAUAUUUGGGACCGGCUGUCGCUAGUCCCUGAGCACGUCAUCGGCUAAAUACUAUUCGCAUAUUUUUUUUUUGCCAAGUUCUAGCCUCCGUGCCUCCGUGCCUCCGUUUCGUAGGGCAAAAGAGUGCGUCUGCCGAUUACGUAUUAUGUAGCGCGGAACCGUAUCGAAGUCAUAUCUAGCGGAUAACAGUCUUUUUACUUUUAUAAGUUAUAUUCUUCUCUCCUCCCCCCUUCCUCUUAUUUAUUUAUAUACGUGUAUACGUUAGACGUCAGUUCGGAUUAGCUCAAGGUUCCAUAUAUCAAUCUUCCAUCGUAUCACGUACCAACGCAUCUGUACGCCGGAAGGUGUUGUCGGUGGUCCUACUUAUUGACCUCUAUUCCUCUAGUUUCCUCAUUUCUCUCAUUAUUUUCUCUAUAUAUCGAUUUUUAUUUGCCAGCGCACACGGGACGUACUGUGUUCGCCGCUCUUUACGUUAUAAAUUUUAUCAAAAGCCUUCUCUAUACACGAUGGCGAACCCUCCUCAUGGCGGUGUCCUCAAGGAUCUCAUUGCGCGAGACUCUCCCAGACAGGCUACGCUUGCGGCCGAAGCCGAAAAGCUUCCCGCCAUCACCUUGACUGAAAGGCAACUUUGUGACCUCGAAUUGAUCCUCAAUGGCGGCUUCUCACCUCUUGAAGGUUUCAUGAACGAAUCUGAUUAUAAUGGUGUGGUAAGGGACAACAGGCUAGCUGAUGGUGUUUUGUUCAGCAUGCCCAUUACUCUUGAUGUGUCGGAGAAUACAAUCAACGAGGUUGGCCUCAAGCCAGGAGUUAAGGUGACGCUUCGUGACCUUCGUGACGAUAGGAACCUAGCUAUCCUUACUGUAGACGAUAUUUACAAACCAGACAAGGUUCUCGAGGCGAAGGAGGUCUUUGGGAGUGAUGAUGAGGCACACCCGGCUGUGAAAUACUUGUUCAGGACAGCUGCCGACUUCUACGUGGGUGGAAGAGUGGAGGCAGUCAACCGCCUCCAGCACUAUGACUUCGUGGAUCUCCGAUAUACCCCGGCCGAGCUCCGACUACACUUCGAUAAGCUUGGCUGGAGCCGAGUUGUUGCAUUCCAAACUAGGAACCCAAUGCACCGCGCACACCGAGAACUGACUGUUCGUGCUGCUCGUUCGCAUCACGCAAAUGUGCUCAUCCAUCCGGUAGUGGGCUUGACAAAACCUGGAGAUAUCGACCACUUCACCCGAGUGCGCGUCUACAAGGCCCUCUUGCCGAGAUACCCUAACGGCAUGGCGGUCUUAGGUCUACUCCCGUUAGCCAUGCGGAUGGGUGGCCCCCGCGAAGCCAUCUGGCACGCCAUCAUCCGUAAGAAUCACGGAGCCACCCACUUCAUCGUAGGCCGCGACCAUGCUGGUCCUGGAAAGAAUAGCCAGGGCGUCGACUUUUACGGGCCUUAUGAUGCUCAAUAUGCGGUUGAAAAGUACCGUGACGAGCUCGGCAUCGAAGUCGUGCCCUUCCAGAUGAUGACUUACUUGCCUGAUAAGGAUGAAUAUGCCCCUGUUGAUCAAAUACCGAAGGAUACCCGUACGCUGAACAUCUCUGGCACGGAAUUGCGAUCGAGGUUGAGGAGCGGCCGAGAUAUUCCCGAGUGGUUCUCUUACCCCGAAGUCGUCAAGGUAUUGCGCGAGUCACAUCCCGCACGAGCAGCCCAAGGUUUCACCAUUUUCUUGACAGGCUACACAAACAGUGGUAAAGACCAGAUCGCCAGAGCCCUCCAGGUCACCCUGAACCAGCAGGGCGGUCGAUCUGUGUCCAUGUUACUUGGUGAGACCGUCCGACAUGAGUUGUCGUCUGAACUAGGUUUCAGCAGAGAAGACCGUAGUAAAAAUAUUGCUCGUAUCGCCUUCGUCGCCGGCGAGUUGACGAGGUCUGGCGCUGCUGUUAUUGCCGCUCCUAUUGCGCCUUUCGACCAGGACCGAGCUGCUGCUAAGGAAGCCGUCGAAAAAUACGGAGAUUUCUACCUUGUCCAUGUCGCUACACCUCUCGAGUACUGCGAGAAGACUGAUAAGCGAGGAAUCUACGCCAAGGCCCGCGCUGGUGAGAUCAAGGGCUUCACAGGUGUCGACGACCCUUACGAACCUCCUUCCAAAGCCGACUUAGUUGUCGACUGCGAGAAGCAGACAGUGCGAUCCAUUGUGCACCAAAUUGUGCUUAUGUUAGAGAGCCGUGGUCUGCUAGAUCGCUUGUGAGCACUGCCAGAUUCAUGUGGUUUUCUCCGGGAUCUAUGAAGCGAUUUUGAUAGGAAUGGAUGUUUCAUAUCUGAACAGAGGAAAAACUUGGGUCCACUUGUGAUUCGAGUAUGGGAAACAUGCUUGGCGACACAAACGACACUAUGGUAUUUAAACACGGUGCCCUUACUAGAUUUAUUGAGUAGGAAUAGAUGGCAACGUACGGUCGUCUCAUGAUAAUAGACACCAUACUAUGUCCAUAUCACGGGAGUGAUAUAUGUAUAAUAAUAAGUACCUACAUACAUACAUGCACUAUGUAUGUAUAUACGUUUUGCGAAUAGUAGGUGGCGCAUAUUUACUAGGUACCUACCUAUGUAGGUAAUGUAUAGAUGUCUUUUAGAUGAAAAACAGAUG